AUGGCUCAGAACAAGGACGACUACUGCCUUGAGUGCCAUUGGGAGGGUUUCCGCCUCGAUGGCAAAGAGUCUAACGAUACAUCAGACCCCAAGGAGAAAGAGCCUGAGCCUGUCUGCCCCGGAGAGGAACAUCAUACCUUGUCCCGGUGCGAUGUGGAUGAGACUUGCUGCGAGGUGGAUGACUGUGCGGAUAACUGUUCCAUCACUUGUCCGUCGGUAUGCGAUGGAUUCGUUGAUUGCGAUCAAUCUGAUGCGUGUUCCGUAUCACAUUGCGAUGAUAACUGCAGGAGUGACGAACCUGUGUGUUUUGAAGACCACUGCUUCGAUGGAACCGAGAACAAUGCCGACCACGGCUUGGAAUCGUUUUUAGGGCUGAGUGCCCCCUUGAAUCUGGAGACGAGUGAUCUUCUCUCCUCGACUCUUGAGCACAGUCAGCUUGAGCAGUCAAAGCACACAGACCCCCCGGCUCCGGCUAACAUAGGCCCUUCUUCUCACCACCCUAAUCCUAUCGACUCGUCCUCCUUCCUUCCCCCGUACUCGUCUACCCCAGCGGCUCAUUGCCACUCGCAUGUUCCGAAUCACUUCAAUAACUGUCAUUUUCAUCACUCGGUGCAUCCGUCGUAUCCUGUGCAGAAUGGAGUUAACCCGGCGGAUGUUUUCCACAUGCUGGGCAUGUGUCCGGACCUGUCGAGUUGCCCGAUCCCAGAAGAGCAACACUGUCAGCACAAUUACCACCUGAAUGACACAUCGGCCUUCUUCUCAUGCUUUCACGCCGAAAACCAUCACCUCAAUCACACUACCCAUAAUAAUAAUGUCGACACCAAUACCACCACCAACAAUGAUAGCAACUGUCACCAUCAUCACCGCCACCAACCAAAACCGGUCAACGCGGGCGGUCGUGCCCCAGCUAAAGGACCCUGCCGUUCUCACCAUCGCUGUCGUAUCCACGCCCACGGCCAUGCCCACCCAUACUCUCCCUACUUGCGACAAUCUCGAUCGAGCAUCAGUUCCCAUUUGAUCUCCAGUCCGGGCGAGACCCCUCCGCCACUAGAUGGCGGCGCCUCAUCCGUGAUCACCAGCCCAGAGUUCUCUCCUGUUGAUCGGGAGAUUCACGUCUGCAAAUGGACAACCACCCUUCACGGAAUUAAACAUUCUUGCGGGGCUACGUUUGCCGAUUCAGGUGCUCUCCAGAGGCAUCUCAUCUCCGGCCAUAUGUCCACCGUGGAUGGAGCUAAGGGUAAUGGUUACUAUUGCUGCUGGGAGGGGUGUCACCGACCGAACGAGCCGUUUUCACAAAAGUCAAAGCUUCAGGGGCAUUUUUUGACGCAUAGCAACUAUAAAAACUUUAAAUGUUCCGUCUGCGGCAAGGUGUUUGCCCGACAAGCCACUUUAGACAGGCACGAACGAAGCCACCGGGGCGAGAAGCCGUACAAGUGCACAGAUUGUGGGAAGACGUUUACCGACAGCAGUGAACUGAAAACCCAUUCGCGGACACACACUGGAGAAAAGCCAUUUAAAUGCACUUACCCUGGGUGCAAUUUCCAAACUGGCGAUUCCUCCAAUAUGUCAAGCCACCGCCUCACACACGGCGAACGACGACACAAGUGUCACUUCUCGGGGUGUAGUAAGAGCUUUACACGACCUGAUCAACUCAAACGACACAUUAAAUCCACACACAAGGAAGAAAUGCCGCCUUUUUCCACAUCACCCGGGACUGAUGAAUUCGCGCUUUCGUACGGGAUAAUCGCUUAG